AUGAUGAAUACCAGUAACGCAGUGAGUCUGAGCGUUGUCGAAGCUUUGACGGUAGUGGUGGUGAUGUCCUUUGGAUGGUCAGUCACUGAUUCUGAUGGCGUGUUCUCCGUGGAUUCCAUCGUGGUCAUGACCGGUGUAGCGGUAACGUCUUCAUUGUUGAUCACAAUAGGUGUGGUGUCCUUCCUGGGCUCCGGUGAUUGAAUGACACAACUCCUGUUGUAUGCUUGCGCCCAUUGGGUGUGCUGUUCAUAGACGUGAAGAAGUGCUCCAUAACCACAUUGCUUCUCAAUAUCGUUGCCAGCACAGAGGAGAACGGAAUUCAAGACUUGA